GCUUUUCUGGCAUCUCUGCAUAUACAUACAUAUCUAAUCUGAUUGAUAGUGGUAACUUUACUCCGAUUUAUACGAGUUCUAUUUAAUUGCACAUGUUUAAAGGAUUAUAAUCUUUCCUUACACUCGUUUUUUAAAUACGAAUGUGAGAAAAUAUGAGUAUUCUAAGUAGUAUUCAUUUUUAAAAUUUGCGACGUACAAUAGGCUGUCUGGAAGAUAUGUAGAUUAAAAAAAAAUUAAGGAAUAAUUUAGUGUUUUUGCAUAAUUAUUGCAAAUUUAAUACGAGAGCACAAUGACAUCAUUAAAGAACGAUGAAAGGUUAUCCGAAGUUUUGGAAUUGUUUUUGUUACCUAAUUAUAACAUCGUGUCUACUACUUAUCUUGAUCUUCUGUUGACCCACAUUUCUGAGAAUAUAAAAGAGUGUACAGCAGAUUAUAAACACUGUGUAUUACUACAAAAGUGGGUAUUAAAAGCAUUGAAUGUUUGGAAUGUUGAUUGCAAACCUUCUCAGCCUAUAAGUAUAUUUACUUUGAAACUUGUGGGAAUAAUUUCACGCAAUGAACUACAUUUUCAUUACUGGCACUGCCAGAAUGUGUAUAACAGAUUGCGCGAUAUCCUUAAAAUUCAUGGAGACGAUUUGCCAGCAUCUAUUAAAAUGGCUUAUACUACAAUGUUAUCCGACUUGAUUAAACAUCGAAGUGGCAGACAAUGGAUUAUAGAUUCUGAAGUUUGGAAGGAUAUUGUAAAAUAUGCGCACUGGAAUCAUACUAUGUAUGUGACACGUGAAAGUCAAACAUUUUUGUGGCUUUUACUUUUACAAGAACAACAAAAUGUAAAAUUUUGUAAGGAAGUUAUUACAGCAAUUGCUGCACCGUUAAUGUCUAACACAUUUGAGCCUCAGGUGUGUAAUGGGUUGGAAGAUAAUUAUUUGGAACAAAAUAAAUUACUAUGCACUACGUUAGAUUUAUUAACUAGUAUAAUUGAAAAUACAUUAUUUGCAAACAUGGAUAAUACAAUACCUGAAUUAUGCCAAGAAAUUAUUAAUUUAGACAUGAGAGUCAAGGCCAUUUUUGAAGCAUGUAUUAGCACAACAUUUUUGCCACACAUUCAUAAGCUGUUAGUGUUAUGUUUACUUAUUCCAUUAAAACGUGCUAUUAGAGAAGGACAAGAAACUAUUGAUGCUGAAAUAACCCAACAGUUCUCUUAUGAUUUAUGUUAUAUAUCUAUGAUGCUUUUAUCAAAGAAGUAUAUAAUAGAAAUAGUAAAGACAAAUAAGCUUCUGUUGAUAUAUUGGAAGAAACUCCAAUCGUUACAUGAAUUCGUUGUACCACAUCAACACAAGUUUGAACAUCAAGCUAUAAGCAUAAUGAUUAUACCUUUAGCUGUAUGUGUUAAACAGACAUACAUAACUCAUGAUCUCUUUGAUAUGUUUCUUACUAAAAUGAUUGAUGUAACGUGUACAGCCGUACAACGGUUGGCAUAUAAUAUAAGAGAUGCUGUAUAUAAGAAUGAUUUACCUUUAGCACAAAUUUGUAAAGUAUCCAUCGAUAUACUUCUAGAAAUAACAGACAUUAUGGACAGGGAUAUCGCAGUAAUUACAUUUCAAACGUUGUGCCACGUACUCAAGAAUUAUGUGCCAGAUAUCUGUAACGAGACAAUGAAUACUAUAGGAACAAAUAAUGUGGGAAACUUGGAAAAUGGACCAAAGAAAUCUACAUUUAUAUCCCCGCUAGAAGGAGAUCCUAUAGUUGAUCAUCCUGUAUUGUUAGCCUCGCUUCUCAAUGGAUUGGCAGUAAUGACAGAAAAGUUUAAAUUAAAGUGGCAAGAAUGCGUAGAAACUAUAUGCUUGUUAUCACUUGCGCAAGAAAUCUUGAACCAUCCAGGAAUAAUACCUGUGGUAUGUGUAAAAGCUUUAAAAGUAUGUAAGUUAGCAAUUCAGAAUUUUAUGCCACCAAAUUUAGUACUACUUGUUGAAACAGACAGUCAUAUGAACGAUAUAGGACCAACACUUUUCAAAAGAUUGCACAAUGCAAAUUGGGAAGUAAGGGACAGUGUUCUAGAAGUUUUAAAUACUAUCGCUACAAUUUCUGAAGACAAAUAUCCAGCAUUUCAAGAAUUUUUAUUAACAAAUCAGUUCUUACAAUUAGCGCUUGAAAUAGCUAAAACGGACAGUGAAAGUUAUGUUCGGGCAUCUGCAUUAGCUUUUAUUUCAACUACUGUUCGAAUAAACAGACUAUGGGAAGAAAAAUUAUCGCAACUUAAUCUACCUGAUGUUGCCAUUAAUUUACUGAACAAUGAAAGUGAAGCUAUAGUCAGAAAAGAAGCUGUAAUUUUAAUAAAAGAAUUAUAUGUACAUUGUAAAUGGCAGAGAAACGUUAUUGAUUCAAUGUCCCGAGCAAUGUCAAUGGCUGCUGUCUUUGAUCUUCACUGGGAAGUAAAAACAAACGCCCUCGAAUAUUGGACGCAAUUUAUAAAGUCACAUUUAUCUGAUCAAGGAGUGCUUGAUGGACAUUUUCCAAAAGUAACAUUUUCCAAAGAACACAGAAAAAUUAUGUCAUUAAAUGAAAAUGAAAUAAAACGAAGACUUAAUAAAGCAUUGGAUGAAUUAGCAAAGCAAAAUUGUUUAGGAGUUCUUUUAGUUACUUUAGAAGAUGACAGCGAUUUUGAAGUGUGUAGAACUUCGGCAGCUAUAUUAAACAAACUUAAAUCAUUCCUUCUGAAAUAUAAACUCAAUGAACCUUUACCAGAGCUGCCUUUACCCAAAGACAGUGCUACAAUAGAUACUUCGUACAUUAAAUAUGAACAACCAAAUAAUGUUGCAAGUUCCAAUUCCGAGGAGGUAUUCAGUAACUCUAGCAAUGUGAUCGAAGAAAUUGUAGAUGAUAAUGAUGCGAAUCUUCUUGCAUCGAUCUACAAGAAUUCUAUGAAAAUGGUUGAAGAAAUACAAAGCACAGAGGAAAAGACGUUUGAAUUUAUUUCCUGUGUAACCAGACAAAGCUUUCUCCAAACGAUUUUUAAUUUAAACAUUGAUGCCAUCAUUGAAGAAAAAACUCGAUGGUUGACUACGUAUACUACCAGCUUUGAGUCUAUCUUGGAUGAUAUAUUAAUAAUGCACAAGCAAGGAGAUGUGAAUUCAAUGGACUGUUACUAAUUAAAAAUAACGUGCCUUGUCAAUUGUAUAAAAGUGGAACUACGAAUAUCAUUUUUACACGAAUACGGUAUACAAUUUUAUAUUUAAAUAUUGCUUCUAAAAGUAAAGUAUGCAAUUCAUACUGCAUCUGUUGCCCUUAUAAUGCGCAAUCAUAAUUUGUAUGUUUAAUUUUAUAACGAGGAGAAUUAUAAUUAAAGUGGAAUUAUUAUUAUUAAUAAUACAUUUAUUUGAGAUAGAAAGAAUCUAUCUUUUUACAUCAUUUAUAUGCUAAAGGUAAAGCGAAAUUUCUAUGCAUUAUUGCAUACGUAAAUAAUACAGAAUACAUACAUAUAAAAGAAAAUAAAAACUUACUAAUCAUAGCAUAUUUGUAAAUAAACUAAAAUCUUGAAGAAACAAGUUUCACUUAAAAAAACAAUCAGAUUUAGUAUUGGUACAAAACAGAAAAUAUACUUCUUCCUCGUAUUUGAUUCAGUCUUUACAUAUUUUAUUACAUUUCCUUUCUACUACUAUAUAGAGUUUUGUUUUAAUUGAAAUAUGAAAAAAUUUUUGGUAGUAUUUUCA